AUGUCAUCAACAACAAAUAAAACACCUCCAAGGACAAAUGGACAUCGACCUUCUGCAGCUUCCAGACACACUGCGCCCCCUACUAUGGCAAUGAAUGGCCAUUUCGCAUCUGUCGGCGAUGCGCCGACCAAGGAGCAGUAUGAGCAUGGCAUCCAGGUUAUAGAUGAGGAAAAAGUGUUCAAUCCUCAUGUCAACACCUAUUUACAACUUACCAAAGUCGCACAAGCUGGCUUCGAUUAUCACCUAAUAUCUGUCUUCGGAUCGCAGUCGACUGGAAAGUCGACCUUGCUCAACCACCUUUUUGGCACCCAGUUUGGUGUCAUGUCAGAAAACGAACGGCGGCAGACCACAAAGGGAAUAUGGAUGUCGAGGAACAAACGAGACGACGGCAAGGCGCCGGACGCUGAACGAAUGGCAAACAAUAUUUUAGUUAUGGAUGUGGAGGGUACCGAUGGCCGUGAGCGCGGAGAGGACCAGGAUUUUGAGAGAAAAAGCGCUCUCUUUGCUUUGGCUACUAGCGAAGUCUUAAUCGUGAACAUAUGGGAGCAUCAGGUUGGUUUAUACCAGGGAGCGAAUAUGGGCCUUCUCAAAACCGUAUUCGAAGUCAAUUUGCAACUCUUUUUGAAGGAUAAACAAUCUAACCCUCGCUCUCUUCUUUUCUUCGUCAUCCGCGAUCAUAUUGGAAAUACGCCUCUUGUAAACCUCAGGAAUACUCUUUUGGCAGAUCUGACAAAUAUUUGGUCCAGUUUGUCAAAGCCGAAAGGACUAGAGAAGUCCAAGAUCGAAGACUAUUUUGACUUCGCAUUCUCCACACUACCCCACAAGAUCCUACAACCGGAGAAGUUCGUAGCAGAGGUCGAGAAGUUAGGCACAAGAUUUAGAAGAGGUCAGCGCGCUGCAAGGCAGCAUGGAUUACAUACGGAUCAUGAGCUUGAAGGCGGUAUAUUUUUGGACGAGUAUCACAGAAGGAUACCUGCGGACGGCUUCUCAAAGUAUGCCGAAGACGUCUGGGGCUCCAUUGUAGCCAACAAGGACCUAGAUCUACCUACUCAGCAAGAACUUUUGGCACAAUUUCGAUGCGACGAAAUUACGCGAGAAGUACUAGAAGCUUUCGAUGUCGAGAUUCUUCCCCUUGAGGAAAAACAAGCUGAAGGCACUCGAUCGGGCAAGCCUACUGUGUUAGCCAAUCUAGGAAGUUUGGGCAAAGGUGCUCGAGUGAAGACUGUGAAGGCAUUCGAAACAGAGGCAAGUAGAUAUCACAAAGGUGUUUAUGUCAGGAAACGCGUCGAGCUCGAAAGCAAGAUUGAUGUGAGGCUGAAGGCCCUCUACGCUGGACAAUUAACAGCAGCUCACAAAGCUGGUGUCGCAUCAUUUAGUGGAUCCGUCGCCAGUGCAGUGAAAGCCGGUCAAAAGAAGGGCGCUUCCUACGAAUUUGCGGACAUUGUGGAACGAGAAAAAGCGAUUGCGUUGAAACAAUUCGAAACCGAAGCAAAGAGUCUGGCAAUUGAAGGUGUGCCAUGGAGUAACUUCAAAUCCCAGUACAAUCUCUACGAGAAAGAACUUGACGAAGUCAGUGGACGUUUACGCAAAGAGGAAAUGCGCCGACUGGCCACACGCGUGGAGAGAUGGGUUCGUUCGAGGCUCGGCGAAUCUAUCGGUCUUGAAUUCAACAAACUUGGGUCCGGACGAGGAGCAGGCGGUGUCCCAGAGGAUGCCGUGAAGCCCCCAACGGAGAAGGACUUAUGGGAUAGAAUAUGGAACGUUUUCACCUCAACCGUAAAGGAAGCUGAAACUCGUUUCGUCGAAAGAGCAAAGAGUUUUGACGCAAGCCAAGAUGAAAUCGAUAUCGGUUUAUGGCGACUCAGACGCAAAAGCUGGGGAGUACUGAGAGCAAAGGUUGACGAGGAAGUGAUGGAAGGUAACAUUCUUCUCAAACUCCGGGAGAACUUCGAGGACAAGUUUCGAUAUGACGAAGCUGGUGUACCGAGAAUUUGGCGCCCCACAGACGAUAUCGAGGGCUUAUACACCAAGGCUAAAGACUCGACUCUCACACUUAUCCCACUGCUGUCAAGGUUUAGGUUGGCUGAAACAUAUGGUCCACCAGAUCUACCUGAUUGGAUAGGUGUCGUGCCUGCUAGCGUGGAUCCCAAGGAUGAAGAAGAUCUAACACCAAUCGGCGGCGUGGAUGAAGAGGAGGGCAAGAGUUUGGAGGAAGAGAUGACAAUAUUAAGCGAAGCUAAGCGUCAAGAUCUUGUCGUCAGAUUCAAAAAGACCGCCGAUGGAGUCUAUGUCGAAGCUAAGAGAAGUGCUAUUGGCGGUGUUGCCCAGGUGCCCCUCUACUUCUAUGGACUACUUUUGGCGCUUGGGUGGAACGAGAUCGUUGCUGUUCUUCGGAAUCCAGUUUACUUCAUCUUUCUGAUCCUGCUUGGUGUUGGUGCAUAUGUCACAUAUACCCUCAACCUUUGGGGUCCAAUGCUCCGUAUGACUAAUGCAGCAUCAUCUCAAGCCGUCGAGAUUGGAAAAGAAAAGCUCCGCGAGUUCCUCGAGAACUCGGAGACAGGCCGUCAAGCAAUCGGCAUGGCGCCAAGAGGCGACAGCGAUAACAUUAGCAUGAAUACUCUUGACAGCCGGGGGAAGCGGAAGCCUGCUGUGGAAGAUGACGACGAUGAUGAGAUUUGA